GAGAGAGAGAAAGAGAGCGAGAGGGCAAGCUAGCUGCUCAGACCCUCAGAGGAAGGGAAAGAAUCUAGCAGCUGGAUUUCUCUCACGGGCCACGGGACCUUGUUCAUGGCUCAGUCAGCAAACGGCAUGGAUCAAGACUUGGCCAGCAAGAGGCUCCACUCGAGAAUGGAGGCCUCUUGUUUAGAGCUGGCCUUGGAGGGCGAAAGGUUGUGUAAGUCUGGAGAUUUUAAAGGUGGGACAGCGUUCUUUGAGGCCGCCGUGAAGGUGGGCACAGAAGAUCUGAAAACUCUCAGUGCCAUCUACAGUCAGCUUGGCAACGCUUACUUCUACCUCAAGGAGUAUGGCAAAGCUCUGGAGUACCACCGCCAUGAUCUCACUCUCGCCAGGACAAUAGGGGACAGGAUUGGGGAGGGGAAGGCUAGUGGUAAUUUGGGAAACACUUUGAAAGUCCUUGGACGCUAUGACGAAGCUGCUGUGUGUUGUCAGAGACACUUGGACAUCUCACAAGAACAAGGGGACAAGGUGGGAGAAGCCAGGGCGCUGUACAACAUUGGGAAUGUGUUUCAUGCUAAGGGCAAGCAGCAGCUCUGGGGUUGUUCUCAGGAGCCCGGUGACCUUCCCCUUGACGUCAGAGACACUCUGCAGCGAGCUACUGCCUUCUACGAGAUGAACCUGUCUCUAGUUAAAGAAUUAGGAGACCGAGCUGCACAGGGAAGGGCAUUUGGUAACCUUGGAAACACCCAUUACCUCCUGGGCAAUUUUGUUGAGGCCAUCAAGUUCCACAGAGAGCGUCUCUCCAUUGCCAAAGAGUUUGGUGAUAAGGCAGCAGAGAGGAGAGCUUACAGUAACCUAGGCAACGCACUCAUAUUCCUGGGCCAGUUUAACACAGCCACAGAGUACUACAGAAAAACCCUGCAUCUGUCUCGCCAGCUGAAGGACCAGGUGAUGGAGGCUCAGGCGUGUUACAGUCUGGGAAACACUUACACGCUGUUACAGCAGUAUGAACGGGCCAUUGACUACCAUCUCAAACACCUGCUCAUAGCCCAGGAGCUGAAUGACAGGGUUGGCGAGGGACGCGCAUGCUGGAGUCUUGGGAAUGCCUACGUCUCCUUAGGAAACAAUCGCCAGGCCCUGCAUUACGCUCGGAAACAUCUCGAGAUCUCCAAAGAGAUCGGCGAUAGGAACGGGGAGCUGACGGCCAGGAUGAACGUGGAGCAGCUGAUGGAGGCCCUGGGGGUGAAGGAGGGAGAUCUCUCUCCUUGCAGCUCUGAGUUUGAGAUGCAGGGAGCCAGACCAAAAUUCACCAAGAGAAACAGCAUGGACAGUGUGGAGCUGUGGAAGAAUGGUGAUGGCCAUGACCUGGACAGUAUUUCAAGGAGGUCCAAGAGUCAGUUGUCUCAGUCCAGCAGCAGGAGGAGGGGCUACGCUGACAGCCAAUCAUCAGAUGAGAGACAAUGGAUGGAUUCUCCAGUGGACACAGAUGACAUCACAGUCCAAGUACCACCUCCGAAGUUAGGUCGUGACCCAUCUGAUGAGGACUGCUUCUUCGACCUCCUCAGCAAAAUCCAGAGCAGCCGCAUGGACGACCAGCGCUGCCACCUAGACGAGCCCGCCAACGGCGAAAACGGAAGGAGUGCGGAAGAAUCUCCGCUCAACGACAUGCUAGACCCAAGCCUGAUGGCGUCUCCUCAGACUGAGGAACUCUUUGACCUCAUUGCCAGCUCCCAAAGCCGGCGCCUUGAUGACCAGAGGGUCAGUGUUAGUAACCUGCCCGGUCUGAGAAUCACGCACAACAACCUGGGCCACCUGUGUGGGGACACGGAUCCUCAGGAACCAAGCGAUGACUUCUUCAACAUGCUCAUUAAGUGCCAGUCGUCUAGAAUCGAUGACCAGCGUUGCUCCCCUCCUGAGGGGGGUCACAGAGCCCCGACGGUGCCUGAUGAAGAUUUUUUCAGCUUGAUCCAGAGGGUCCAGGCCAAGCGCAUGGACGAACAACGCGUGCAGCUUCCCUCAGAUGAACAGGACGACCCUGAGGCAGAGGCUGAACGCCGCUCUAGAGACUCGAGCUAAACGCAGCAUUCUACUCUUUUUUUUUGUUUUGUACAUUAUAGAUUUACAGGAGGAAAAGGAACAAAUCUGACCAGUGUUGGAGGAGACGGAUCAUCUACAUAACAUUACAACUGUAUCUGACCGAUUGAUAACUCUAGAUUUCUAGAUGCCCACGUGGCAGUGGGACUGAGCUUGAGUCAUGCCAGUCUUAUCUCUGAUCAAGGGGCACAUUUUAGUACUAUUCUGGCCCCAUUUGCCGUGAAUGAUCAGUAAUCAUUGAUCAGAACUUACAGAUACUUGAUCAUGUACUGUGGACAUGAUUUGUUAUAUACUGCAACAGGGGAUAAAUUAACUCUGGUUCAAUGUUUUUUUUUCCUUUCUUUUUUUUAAUUUUGUUUUUCCCCUUGCCAAACAUCCAAAUAAAUGUAAACGGUACAUGUUUUUUUGUUUUAGUUUGGGAGUGCCAUAGCAGAACUUUCACUAAAUUCCUCCUGUCUUCUGCCUUAUUUUUUACAGACUCCGAUUGUAUCCUCUUCAAAACUUGAGUAUUUUCCAGUGUUCUGAAGGAGUGAUCCAUUUUGAAAGACUUUUUUUGUUUUUUCUUGGACAACAGUAUUAGUAAUCAGCUGUGUCAUUAGCAGUUGCAGUGUAGCCUUGUCAGCGCUACAACAUAGCUUUGACUUUUCGUUGUUAAAAACCUCACAGUGCAGUUUCACUCCGCUAACUAGAGGGCUGAUCUAUUCAUUUUUUUUCCCAGCAUUUGAUUGUUUAAAUUUUCGUGUGCAGUACGCUAUGUUUAUUUAUUGAUUUUUAUUUCUAAAGGAAAAGAUCUGUUUGGCCAUGAUGGCGAAACAAAAUAUUAAAGUUGUAAUGUUAACAGAGGAACAUUUAAAACGGUUUUAAAUCAAGCUUUGAACAGGAAUGAGAAAUUGUGUUUUUUUUUAAGCUAAAAAAUUGAUCUUUGUUUUAAAUGGAUCAUUGCUGCUUGAUCAGUAGUGCUUUUUGCCUCUAAAUGGGAGCUGCAGUCCAACAGUGACUAAAAAACAAACUUUUUUUUCCCUAUAGUAUUGACAAACUUUCUCGUGCCGAUCCUGUGCAGUUUUGUUUAUCAGAACUGCCGAUUGAGGUUGGGAUUUAGAUGAGUGUAAAUCUGUUUAAGAUGGAAAAAGUACCAAGAGCUGUCUGCCAAUUGCAAAGAGAAGAAUGAAGUUUUGCUGAUGCAAUGCCAUCUUGUGGUAGUGUGGGUUAAGGUUACUGAAAUUGUAAUCUACUGGUCAGAUUUCACAAGGGGGGCGGGAGGGGGAAUGAGAUUUGAAUAUUUCAAGCACUUUUUUUUAAAGGUUUGGCAUAGAAAAAAAAAGAAAAGAAAAGAAAAAAAGGCUAUACAUAAAAUAUGUAAUCUUAUCUGUUUCCUUUGAGUUGUUUUGUAAAGGUGAGUGUGUCCUGGGAUAAUAUUAGUGCCUGACGGCUGUGCUUGCCUCUUUGUGUUCUCUCUUCAUUAUCUUCCUGUUUUGCCUCUAGCAGCUUUCCCAUUGGUGGAAACAGACGUGCAGGAGCACUGUAUGGAAAUAACAAAAGCGAGAGGGAAAAGAGCAAAUGUAAUACCAGUCGAAAAGACAUUUACCUGUGGGAACAAGCGAUGAAGUCCAUGCUUCUGUGAUAAUUAAUGUGCUAUUUGACUGCCUCGCUGAGACGAUCCUUUUUAAGGAACUGUUUUUGGUUAGUAUUGAAUCCAUGAACACAUAACUGAGGUUGUUUUUUUGUUUUUUUUUGAGAGAGAGAGAGAGAAAGAGAGAGAGAGAGAGAGAGAGAGAGAGAGAGAGAGAAUGAAUAUGAAAUGUAGAGGAAUGAAGGUUUUGGGGGAUUAUAAUUGCCCUUUGGUAUUUAUAAUCCUAAAAGGUGUUAAACUGCAGGGGGGGAAAAAAGAAGAAAUUAUGCAGAUUGCAACAUCCUUAAACUCGCCUCGCAAACACUGAGGGAGAUUUGACAGAAUAAAUGGUCUCUGAAUUUCCUGCCUGUGAAUUUCCAACAAAUGGCUUACCAAGACUGAAAGAAGUUCCGUCCUUGACCUUUGAAAUCAGGAAAGAUGUAGUCCAGAAUCAUAAGGUACAAUUCUAAAUGUCACUGCCACAAUGUACAUAUGUUUUUAUAUUUAUUUGUUUGU